AUUCACGCACACACAUUCAUGCGCUUGUUAUCCUUAACCCACUAGUAGCAUCUACAGCGCAUACAGUAGCGCAACUACUACGAUUCAGUUGCAUUCGAACCAUCGACUUGAACAGAAUGUUUGCAAUCGUACUGUUCCUCAUCGCCGCGUGUGUCUGCUAUUACUACACCUGUGUCGUGCGCGCUCGGUAUGCACAGGACGUGCCCUGUGCUCAGCCUUGCUAUCCACUGAUAGGGAACGGCCUAUCGUUCCUGGAAAAGUCACCGGUCAAACUGUUCCAGAAUGUGGUGCAACCGUUUAACCAGUUCGAUCGGUGGUUCAAAGUUUGGCUCGGUCCACAGUUGAUGCUGUGCACCUCGCAUCCAGUGCUGGCCGAGUCGGUGUUGAGCCAUCCAAAGUGCUUGGAUAAGCCAUUUUUCUACAGCUUUGUGCAGCUCGAGCAGGGAAUUUUGACUCGCAAAUAUCAAAACUGGAAGCGGUACCGAAAAGUGAUGAGCCCUGCCUUCAGCACGAGCAAGGUGACCAAUGCGCUACCGUUGUUCGUAAUGUGUGCGGAAAAUAUGAUGUCCAAGCUAGAGGCAAUGGUGGCGAAUGAUUCAACAGUUUCGCUGGCACCAGUUUUGAGCGAGUGUUUGCUUAAUGUGAUAUUUUCCACUACCCUGGGAGCGAAUGUAGUAGAAGAGAGGGAGGCGAAGCAUAUUUUAAACAAUCUAGACAUGUGA